UGAUAUAGGAGGAGAAGGGGUUGGAAGAUUUCUGUUUUGGGGAUGAAGGCCUAAUAACAUAUCUUCCCAAAUCAGGAAAGUUUCCUCCUCGCCUUCUCUGAGAGAAAACAAAAGCCAAAAUCAAAGUACCUCAUGGAAGGCUCUGUCAACGAACGUCAUGAUUUUGGGAAGAUGGGAUAUGGGUGCCAGCAUUACAGGAGAAGAUGCAGGAUUCGUGCUCCCUGCUGCAACGAGAUCUACUCAUGCCGUCACUGUCAUAACGAGGCAACGAACUUGUUAAAGAAUCCCCUUGAUCACCACGAACUCGUUCGCCAAGAUGUUAAACAAGUUGUUUGUUCGGUUUGUGACACUGAGCAACCUGUUGCUCAGGUUUGCACAAACUGUGGCGUCAAAAUGGGAGAAUAUUUCUGCAACAUCUGCAAAUUCUUCGAUGAUGAUACUGAGAAAGGACAGUUUCAUUGUAAUGAUUGUGGGAUCUGCAGGGUUGGUGGUCAAGAUAAUUUUUUCCAUUGCAAGAAGUGCGGGUCUUGUUAUUCAGUUAGUCUGCGUGAUAAUCAUUUAUGUGUGGAGAACUCCAUGAGGCAUCACUGUCCAAUUUGUUAUGAGUACCUUUUUGAUUCAUUGAAAGACACUACUGUUAUGAUUUGUGGUCACACAAUGCACCAUGAAUGUUACCAAGAGAUGAUAAAACGUGACAAAUAUUGUUGUCCCAUAUGCUCCAAGUCGGUGAUUGACAUGUCUAGAACGUGGAAGAGAAUUGAUGAAGAGAUUGAAUCAACUGUCAUGCCUGAAGAUUAUCGAUACAGGAAGGUUUGGAUACUAUGUAAUGACUGUAAUGACACAACAGAAGUUUACUUCCACAUUCUUGGGCAAAAAUGUGGACACUGCAGAUCAUAUAAUACUCGUGCUAUUGCUCCUCCAGUUCUUCCUCAAUGAACAGAUUCUUGUGAUUCAAGAGACAGACAUUGCCAGACAGAAAUUUGAAGCUAGCACCCCGGUUAUUUUAGAGGGUUAUUGAAUUAUUUCAACAUCAAUAGUAUUGUUGUAUUGUGCCCUAGAUGGUUUUUAGGUUAUUCUUCCUCCAACAUACGGAGUGGGAUUGGUGUCUCUGCACUGUUGGCCAGAUAUAAAUAUCUGUACUGUGUUGUCAUACGAGGAAAACUGUUUUCCCAUCGUGAACUGCUGGUAAUUGGGGUGAGAUGUUAUUGGAUGGUAGUCAUUAAAUUUAAUCAGCACAAGUCAGUGAUUCUUUCCUUG